AUGGCGCGAUACCUUACGCCAGCCAAGGUUGGCCUUCUCGUUCUGGUCGAGCUCUAUGUCGAGGAGGCGAUUCCCAGUGAUGCAGUCGUGCCUGUGCUGUCGUUCAUUGCAUCUCAAAUCACGGGCUACGACCCGAACGGGCCUUCUGCAAGCCAGACGACGAGGUGGACAAAGGCUGAGCGUGCCGUCAGCCUGGUCAUCUCGAUCAAGGACUUCGAGAAGCUGCUGAGCAGCUAUCCGUUUCUCAAGGGCCUACCCGGGAAGCGGCUGUGGGACCAGUUCCUCAACAAGCUCUGGGGCAUCGACUCGCUCUAUGCCCUCGAAGGAUUUUUCGACCAACUUUCGUCGGCACUACCCAAAACAAAGGACGACCUCCGGAAAGAAGGUUCGGAUCCCGACCAGCCUGAGUCGGGUGUCAAACUCGCCCCCAACUCCCCUUUGGGUGCUUUCGUCCGCAGGGCCCGCCUUGAAUACCAACGUUUGCACUUUCAUGACUGCACUGAGCUAUGGAAGGACUUUGUCCGCUACCGACAGCCGACAUCUCACUACCAGAAGCGAAAGAAUCCAGAGUUCAGCAGGUACAGCUUCGACAAUGUGCUGUUGCGCGGAGAACUGGAGGACUGGGAUGUCGACAAAGUGGCGAGCCUGGCGUCGGUGGCAUACGGCGACAUGUUGGCCGGGGAUCACACUGGGACUCUUCCCGUCAGCAUAGACGACGUCGAGAACUUGUUAGAUUUUCAGAUCGAGCAGAUGCAGAAAUACGGCAACAGAAUACCCUUGGAAAUCCGGCACCAGUUUCACGACCUCCUCAACGACAGCUUCCUGGUCCCAAGCCUUACGCACUACAUCACCUUCCUUGACGCCUGGAGAGCCGGGGACUACCCAACGGCAUUCGACUUCUUGCACAGGUACUUUGACUACACAAUGCAGCACCGAGAUCGAUCCUUCUACCAGUAUGCCUUGAUGAACUUGGCUGUGUUGCAAGCCGACUUUGGCUGCUAUAAGGAGGCCAUGACGGCGAUGCUGGAGACAGUAGCCACGGCGAGGGAAAACCGAGACAUGACUUGCCUCAACUUCUCUCUCAAUUGGCUGUUUCACUUUGGACAGGCACACCCAGAUCUCAUCCGUGACCUCCGUUCGGACAACUUGCUGGGCACGGGCAAGGAAACCAUGGCAUUCCUCCGAGUCAAGGCACGAGAGGCUGGGAUGUGGACCCUUUGGAGCUCCGUGCUGCUCAGCGAGGCAAAACUCUGCCUGAUUAACGGCGACAGCAUAGCCACCGCUCUCGAGCACAUGGUGCGGAGCUCACAGAUCAUUGUAGAGAAAAAUAUGAAGGGCAUGUUUGGAGCACAGCUGGGGCUCUACUCGUCGCUCUGGGGAAGGCUGGGAUUGGGCUAUCUCUCCGCCGUGUCGUGUGAGAUUUUCCUGCGGUGCCACACGUACCACUCCAUGUUCGAUGAUGAGCUCAAGAUUUUGAGCCGAUUUUCUCUCGCACUCCUUGACCAAGGAAAAUAUCGCGAGGCCAUGGAAAUCCUCGACAAGGCUGACGAGAACUCCUUACGUUCAUGGAAGCCCAACCAGUAUUGGUACAAGUAUAGGGGAUUCGUUCGGCUCAGGAGAGACUUGCAUCACAACAACUUGGACGGCGCAGAGCAGCUCUUGGACCAGUAUCUCCAGUCCAAAGCUGAUGAUUUCGAGCCAGACCUGGCCCUCGUGAUUGAUACUGCUCACAUAGACUACUUGACCCGACGUGGAGACUUGUCGUUGGCUUUCAGCAAGGUAGACAAGAUGAUGUCGGACCUCCAAGAGGAGAACAGGGACAUAUGUCUGCGCGUCAGAGCACUCCUUGUCAAGGUUUCCCUGUUGGAUCGAUGCGGGCGGCCACAGCGUGCGUUUUCCUUGGCCCUACGAGCGGCGAACCUAUCUCUACGUGCGCGUCUGAUAUCCCUGCUCUGGGCCGCAAUCGGCGCAAUAUCCAACAUCUUGGUCUCCAUGGGCGAGUUUAAAGCCGCGGCGCAGCUCCUCACCGCCAUAUUGCCACGGAGUCUCGAGUGUGAAUCUCCAGCUCUCACGGCUAAACUGUAUGCAUACCUUGCUGACGCUAACAUGGGCUUGGCCGGUCAGACCCAGAUGGUCGAGACCGCCAAGGCGGUUAUCAAACGGCGCGAUGAAUAUCUAAAGAGGGCGGCCACGGCGGUCCAGAGAGCGUUUGAUGAGUAUUCCAGUAUUGAGGAUGUCAAGAGCCAGUGUGAGAUGAUGGCGAAGAAGGCCGUCAUCAUGAAGGUAAUGGGGGACAUGGCUCUAGCAGCAGACUACGCCGCAGCAUAUGUUGAGCUUAGAAAGAAGGCCGAGUCUUGGGGGCUUGAUCGAGGAGAAACGAGAUAG